UCAUUCCAGGGUAGAAAAGCUUUUGUCCAUUGAUGUUGUUUACAUAUCUUUAUUUAGGACCCGAAAAUAAACAUAGGCUUAGGAUUCCACUUCAGUUUUAUUACAUGUGUAAAAAAUGGGAAUGCCUGGUCAGUUUGUUGUGACAUUGUACUAGCUUGACCAGUGGUCAGUUGAAAAACAAUUUGUUUUUGUGUGACAAUUUAGAAAGAAGCAAUUAGGACAAUUUAUUGUGGAUGAAAAGUAUUUUGCAAUGAUGGAGGUUGAAGCUACUAGCCAAGUGUUUAACCUGAAAAGCAAUGUUCCUGAAGAUGUUGGGUAUAUCAAAGAUGCCCACCAGUUUGCCCACAGACCAUUUCUGGACAUUCACGGUCAAGAGAAAACAACACCAAGACUGCCAUACCCAGAAAUUUACAAUCAGCCAUCGAUAUCACCACGACAACAUGUUGAAAAUCAAAACCAAGAAAAGAACCUAUAUCCUCAGGUAUUUGACAGACAAGAGCAAGAGAAAAUCGUGCAGAGACAAAUGAUUGAGGCCUACAGACGAGAAUCGAGAGAAUUUGGAAAAAUUGAAGAAGAAAGCAAGGGAGAUUACUCACAAAAGUCAGAUGACCAUGAGAAAGCAAAAGAAGCUAUUUCACCAAGACAACAUAUUGACAAUCAAAACCAAGAAAAACAACUAUAUCCUCAGAUAUUUGAGAGACAAGAAAACAUCAGAGAACGAGAGAUGAUUGAGGCUUACAGACAAGAAUCAAGAGAAUUUGGACAGAUGGGAGAUGACAUCAAGGGAGAGAAUUCACAGAAGUCAGACAGCCAGGAUAAAGACAUUGAAGAAGGGCGUGAGCAGAAAGAGGAGAGUAACCAGUUAAAUGAUGGCUUAAAGAAAUGUCCUGACAGCAUGGAAGAUUUUCAAGCAGCAAUUAAAAGGGCCGACACAGUGUCACCUCAAGUUGCAGAUGUUGUUGAGAAGGUAAUGUCUGAAGAGAACUCGCUGAUAGAAAAUCACGAAGGUUAUAAUCUCUCCAACGCCAGUUUCCAGGAUACCAAUUCUAACUCAUCUGACGAUCAAUCUGAAUACCUGACUAACAAUGUUACAUCAGACUCCACAGCUACGUACGUCAGAGAUCCAAACACAGGCCACGUUACCACAAUUAAGCCAGACAAAGAAGGACUUUAUUUCUGCCACCUUUGCAGCUUUUCAGGAAGAACCCAAGCUGAUUUCGAGAAUCAUAUGACUUGCCAUUUUGAACAUAUUUGUCCCCACUGUGAUUACAAGUCUAGAACAGAAGGCCGACUUAAGAGACAUAUUAAAGAUUUUCACACAGACGACCCACCAGACGGAUUCGGUUCCAAAAGGAACAUGGGCAGACCUAAAGUCUUCAGAUGUAAACAAUGUGAAUUUGUUGCCACUGAAAAAACUGAAUUCUGGGCUCAUGCUAGAGCUCACAUUAAAGAUGAUAAAGUAUUACAAUGUCCACGAUGUCCGUUUGUUACCGAGUAUAAGCAUCAUUUGGAGUAUCAUCUUCGUAACCAUUUUGGCUCAAAGCCAUUCAAGUGUAACAAAUGUAACUACUCAUGCGUAAACAAGUCUAUGCUCAACAGCCACAUGAAGUCACACACCAAUGUGUAUCAGUACCGAUGUGCCGAUUGUACGUAUGCCACAAAAUACUGCCACAGCCUCAAACUUCAUCUCCGUAAAUAUCAGCAUAAACCUGCCACUGUUUUGAACUCCGAUGGAAGUCUACCUCAAGGAAUUGAUGCUGAUGCAUCCGGUCUGUCAUUACUUCAAAAGAGAGGUCCACCAAGAGGACCAAGAGGUCCUAGAAAGGAUAAAUUUGAUCCGUAUAUGAACAGCAUGUUUAAUCUACCUCAGUCCCCCAUUCAUGGAAUGCCACCUGGAAUGGGCGGAGCAAUGAUGUCGCCAUAUUGGCCAUUACUCAGUCAGCUUCCGAACGGAUUCCACCGCCCACCACCUCUAAUUCCAACCUCGUCACCAAUGUCAAUGAAUCCAUCAAUCCAUUCCCCUCAGCUACCUCAACAUUUAUCCUCCAAAAUGGGAGCACCGAAAACUCCCGAUGGAGACAAUUCUAGCAAUUAUCCAUUUAAGUGCAAUUUCUGUUGCUAUGGAACCGGCAGUAAACAGGAACUAUAUAAACAUUUAAUGAAAGUUCACGCAACUGAAAACCAGGACUUAUUUUCCAUGUUUGGCUUGUCCUCCGAAGCUUUACUAGAGGAACAGAACCGUAGACUCAGCCUGAUGAAGCACAAAAUGGAGGAGAGAAACUUAGAUGAUAGCUUGAAUGAUGAGCUUCAUAUACACACAGAUGGUGAAGACGAGGACCAGAAAUAUAGUCCACAUUCCUGGUCUCAUCCAUCACCCAUUGAACCAGCCAAGAUAAAUCGGAAUAAUGGCCGAUACAGUAUGCCAGAGUUGCCUGUGAAUUAUUACAGAAAUGGAAAUGCUAGUCCCAAAGAUAUUGGUCGGGCCGAAGGAGAAGAUAUCAUUAAACAAAUGAUGAAUAAAUUCGGAGCUGGUUCACCCAUGAAUGCUGCUAGACCCAAAAUGCCUCAUCAACGUGAAAGCCCUCUUGACCUUACAAAGCGUAAAUAUCCAUUCUCAUCUAGUCCAUUAUCUCAGGAAGAAAUGUACAACAGAGAAAUGAAUCCUGAUGGUGACGCUCAUUCAAGCGGGGAGAGCACAACAGCUAAUGAUAACAAUGGCCAGAGUCCAAGAAAGAGGUCCAGAAAAGGAAAAGCUUUCAAAUUAGAUAGACUUUGUCUAAAAUUGCAUGAUAAACAUGAUGAUGCUGAAAAUGGGAGUGAAAAUGAAGAGUCUGAGUUUUUAGAGAGUGAGUCUGCAGGAGACCUUCAGAUUGAUGAAUCCAGCAACAUGGAUGGAGAGAUGAGAAAUGUAGAUGAAAGAAAUGAAACUGAUGAAAAUGGCAAAAAAGAUGAUGAUAUUGAGGAAAUUAAAAAUAGCCUUCAGUACCUUAAUGAAGGUAUGGUUAAGUCCCAAGUAGAAAAGGCACCAGAGAGAAAGUCACCCGAUUCUACCAGAAAUCAAAGUGGCGAUGAGGUUGCUUCAAGUCAGGCUAUAACUAGUAGCCAAGAUGUUAUUUCGUCUGCCAAUCGGGAACAGGCAGAGCUGUCAAUGCAGACGUCACAAGCGUUGAGACAUCAAACUGAACUUGCCUGGAAGAUGUUACAAAAUAGUGGCAGUGGUGGACAUUUUCCUUACAUGUCACUGGAGCAGAAUGGUCAUCAUCAGGAUUUGGCCAAGUUAACCACUGCGGCACAACAGAUGAUAGCAAUGAACAAUCGUAAAAGUGGACCAAACGGGAAGUAUGAAUGUGCCUAUUGUGAAAUCGCAUUUAAAGACUGUGUCAUGUACACAAUGCACAUGGGUUACCAUGGUUACAAAGAUCCAUUUAAGUGUAAUAUGUGUGGACAUUGCAGCAAGGACAAAGUUGAAUUCUUCCUUCAUAUUGCUCGUGCCGCUCACAAUUAAAGACAAAAUGGCUGUUUGUGUAAAAACAUUUUUUGCAUGAUGACAUUUUUUUAACAUUUUUGCAGACUUCAUAACUAUUAGUGAUAUAUAGACAAAAAAUGGAUAUUUAAAUGUUGUCUUAGGUCAAAGAUUUGACCUUGUUAUUGACAUUUGCAUUCCCAGAUAUUGUUUUGGCAGCAUUACAUCCAAGUUGUUAAUACUAGUCAUAUAGAUUGUAGAUUUGUGUAAGGGAGAUGAUUUGUAUUGUAUUUAUACUCCUUUUAUAUGUAUUUUUGUGUUUUGGGUGGGUGGGAUUCUUUAAAAGUACAUUCAUUAUGGCAUAGAUAAAUGUCCUCUGCAAGGUUGAUAUUUCUUUUUUCCAUCAUUUUUUUUAAUAAAAAAGAUUUGAUAAAUGAUUGUGAAACUAUCCAAUUGUUCAACAUCUACAAAAAUACUGUUAAAUAAUAUUAUUUUGGGUGAACUUCAUACAAAUUUUUUUUUGCUAUUUGGAAAAUUUAAUGAAAUGAUAAGAUUUUUUGGGUUUUUUUUUUUUUUUUUCUAUUCUGAAAAAAGUGCUCCUUUGAAGGAGGGAAUUCUUUAUACAGAUACAGAUAUAGAAACUUUGUAAAUAGUACACAACUAGUGCUCUCCAAGCAGACAUUGUUAGUGUUAUAUAUUUUUUGUUGUUGUAUACAAUGUGUCUACAUCUUCAAGUUAUUAUGAGUUAUGAUAUUAAAUGUUGAUUUAAUGAAUUUUAAGUUUUUUUGUGAAUGAUUAUUUAUUGAAAUCCAAAUGAGUAACAUCUACAAAAAAUUGUAUUUUUUAAAAGAAUACUUUGGAGAUAAAUAUAGCAUAGCAUUUGGUUUUGAUUAUUUUAAAAUUGGAGAAGAAAGGAUAUUUACCUUCAAUAUUUUUUCUAAAAAAACUGCCCAUAAGUUUAAUUUUGACUUUACGGCAAUUAAAAAAGAAAAAUGGAAAGGGGAGGUAAUUAUAUGUUUAGAUUAUUCAGGGGUGGAUAACUCUUGAUAAUUUUAAGAUUAUUUUUGUAAAAUAAGCCAGAAAAUAUAUAUGAUUUGUUGUAUUGUGUAUGCAUGUUGUAAGUAAUAUUAUUGUUUAAAAUCUCAGGGAACAUUAUUAUAAACAAUUUUAAUGCCAUUAUUUGCCAGAAUUUGAGGUGCAUCUGGGAAAGUUGUAAUAAAUUUCUGGUACACUCAAUGUGCAUAGAAAUUCGAUCAUUAAAAUUAAUUUUCCCUUAGUUACCUCAGAUUAAAUUUCAUGUUCAGCAUGUUAUUUGCAUAGAUGAAAUGUAUAUAUGACAGAUAUUUUACAGGAAAACUUUUUUUUCUUUUUUUAAUUCAUCACUGCUAGUUGAGCACUUUUUAUAACAAUUUUCACUUUUUGCAUUUUUAACAGUCGGGUGCUUUGCAUUUGUAGUGCUAUACAUUUUUCAUUUUUUGAGCGACUUUCAUAUAGAACACUUUCCCAAUCUGAUUAUUACCAUUCUUUUCUCUAUAAAAAUGGAUAAUUGGGAAGUGAAGAAGGCAUUUUUUUCAAAAAAGGGGAUUAAUUUUACAAAAGAUCUUCUAACUUAAAAAAUCUAAUCAUACUGAAAUUUGUAACUACGCAGAUGAAGACACAAAUUUUGAAUACGCAUUUUGAACUGUUCAUUUCUACAUAACUUUUGAUUGCAACGGUUCAGCCUAUAUUUUCAACCAGAAAGAAUCAUUUUAAUAUAAAGAAUGAAAUAGAUAUAUAACAAAUGAUUUGAUUGGGGUAAAGAAUUCAAAUGAUAACUACCAAAGUCUAUAAAUAGAUCUCAGGUUUCUAGUAUUUGUUCAUUCCCACACUGAGCUAUAAGUGAAAAAUAUUCCAAGUUACUUUUGAAAAAAGAAUGAAAUCCUAAAUAGAAUGAUGCUCAAUAAUUACUACAUGUUUUUUUUUAAUGUGCAAUUAAUUAGAUUAGUAUAAUAUAUUUAGUGAAAAUAGAAUAGUUAUUUAAUUGGGUCAUCUCAAAGCUACUAAAGCCAUCUAAAGACAGGUAGUUUUAUCACUCCUGCAAAUCCCAUGAGCAGUUUCUAAAAAAAAAUCUUAUUCAAACGUAAACUUUAGCCUGAGAUGAUCAAUCAAGCACAAUUCAGGAUUUUUGAGAUGACCCUCUGAUUAGUUAGAUAUAUACACAUUAAAAUGACGGAAUUCCAGUGAGGAAAAAUUUAAAACUGUACUGAUACGUCCUGAUCACAUCCUCAUUGAUUUAAUUCAGGAAUAUAUUAGACGACAGUAUGUUAUAUAUACCUCAGUCAAACUACCUCAGAUUUGUACAAAUAAAACAGCAUCUUACAGAUUCUAGAUACAUGAUAUACUGUGGGUUCAUUUAUUUUCUUUGGUAUCAAUUUUCGUGGAUUGCUGAAAACUGGCAUUGUCAUGGAUAUUUGAUUUCGUGGUUUUACCAAUUUCUGUAUUCAAAGCCUAUUUCAAAUAUGUAAUUCGUUGAACAUUUGAGUUUGUGGUUCAUCCCUACCCACGAAACCCACGAAAAUUGGUAUCCAACGAAUUAUAAUGAAUCUUUAGUAUAUAAUUCAUUUUCAUAGUAGUAUUUGUAACAUUGGAGAACUACAACCAUCAUGUAUAUGCAUUGAAGAAAAUCUACUCUGAUUUCAAUUGUCUUGUAUACCUCUCUUAAAUGGGCAUUAUUGUUUAUUUUCUGAUCAAUAUAACAUCAUCCUUCAUUUGAAUGUCGUUUCUUAACACAAGAUUAUGAAAUGAGAUUUUAAUAAUGAUUUUAAUUUCUUUUGUUGCACGAUGAAAUAUAUUUAUAAUUUUAACAUAGAAAGAAAUAAUAGAAAUUAAUGGUCUUAGACUAUGUCAAUAGUUUAAGAAUUAUUUUGUUGUAAUCAGAUCUACAAAUAAUUUAAGAGAAAACAUUUAUAACCAAAAUGUUAAUCAUCCAUCUUCAUUCUUCCUUUUAUUCAUGUUAAACUAAAAUCUUGAACUUAUUCAUUUUCCAUUUUUGUUGAAUUCAAGAAAUCACAUUACAUUGUCUUGUUUAUUUUUAUAUAUAUUUGCCAUAUUUUAUUUAUAAUUUCAUUAAUCAAGCUUUGUCA